ACCCCCAAAAAAAGACUCGGAAGAAGAAAAGAAACCCCGGUCAAUAGUUACGUAACAGAUAAACUCGGCUGGAAGGGUUUUUGUUUCUUGCGCCUUAAAACCCUUGCCUGAGCGUUGCAAGUCCAAGAGGGGUUUUGGCUGGGUUCAAAGCAACACAACCAAACCAAGAAGACGAGAGUGACGGUGGCGGAGACACUGUUGUUGAGCGACUAUGGGAGCUCUCGCUUCAUUCGCCCCUUGGAUUUCCGAGGACGACCUUCUUCUCAAGAACUCCGUUGAGGCUGGUGCUUCAUUAGAAUCGCUUGCGAAAGGUGCAGUGCAGUUUUCUCGAAAAUAUAGUAUUAAAGAGAUACAGGAUCGAUGGUAUUCUCUCCUCUAUGAUCCUGUCAUUUCUGCAGAAGCUGCGGCGAAUAUGACAAACUUAGAGCUUUCAGCUUUGCCUCUCCCAUCAAAGUUCUAUAGGUUUGGACAUUCCAAAGAACGGAAAGUUGUUUCUGCUACAAGAAAGUCUGACAGUGUUCGCAAUUUGUAUUAUGCUAGGCGCAAAAGAAUCCGCAAUAGCAUGUUAACUUCCAUGGACUUAAGUUUUCUAGUUGAUUCAGAAAAUGGUAAUUAUGCAGCGCAUGGAAGUGAUCCUUUAUCUGGAAACUGCAUGCCUGAAGGUGGAACUUCAAAUCAUUUUUCAAGUCUUGAUCCUUCUCAGUAUGCUUUUCCUGAAAAUGUGAUGGAUGAUAAUGUUGCUUCUGAUAGAGUUGCUGCUGGUGUGUUUUGCCAUGGAGUUGACAAGGCAGUUGCAGAGAAUUUCCCUGCCAAGCUAAAGAGUGUACUUAAGGAAGAACCUCAGAUUUUUGAAGGCAAUAUGCCUUUGGAUGGAGUUGUUGAGGAUUUGGAUGUUCCUAAUGAAUUGGCUAUAGAUGGGUGGAUUGGAGAUGAUGGUUUAGAGAGAAUGCCUUUGUCCGCAUUGAAUCAUAUCAACAAUGACCCUGGAAAUAUGUGUCCUGAGUUUGAUGAAAACAAUGUAUUUGAUUCAGAGUUAGAGUGUGGAACAUCAUUUAACUUAUCUUCUCGUCCUGAAAUGUCAGUCUGGGGAACAGAUGAGAGCAUUCAAGAACAUGAUUUGCCAUGUGAUGGUUUUAGUGAUCCUAUUGCUUGUGGGGAUGCUUAUUUGGAAGAACUGUCCAAUUCUCUCCUCCACUUCAGUAGUGAGGAAGAACAAAUUCUGAUGGAUGUUGAUGGAGAAGAAGGGAUUGAAAAAUCUUACUUUGGUGGCCUGACUUCACUCCUACAAAAUUCUACAAAUGAUGUUAAUUCAGAUCAGAUUUCUGAAAAGGAUGAAACAGAGUCACUAAUGGCCUCACAGGCACAUGUUAUAAAUCAGUCAGUUUCAUGUCACAAAGAAUUGGAUGACAACCUAGGGUCAAGCUCUAGUGGUUUACAAGUAGUUCCCAAAUUAGAGUUCCAAAUGUCAUCUUCUGUCUCGGCUACAGACCCCCAAUUUCCUGAUCUAAUUAAUGAAAGUAUGUCCUGUUCAAUAAACACCGAGCACCAAGAAAUUCCAGAAAAUGAUGACGUUUUUCUACCAUUUGAUGUGCCUCCUGUCAUAUUUCCCCCUUCAUCAAAAUUAAUUUUUAAAGUAUCCAAUAAACCAAUUUCUUCAUCUGUUAUUAAGCAUAGAGAUAGUGAAAGAGGUAAAACUUUGAUGCAUGUAGAAAAGAAAGACUCUGUAGAAUCUCAUGCAUCUUUUCAGAUGAUGGAAUCUCCUUGCUUCCCAGGACCUGUUGGUGGUUCUAAGGUAGAAUGUGAGUUGCCUGCUAAUCAUGCACCACACACAGUGUCUAGGAGUUCUGUUACUGUUUCUGGUGGCUUAGGUGGAAAUGAAGCUGCAAACACAACAGAUGCUUUUUUGCAUGCUAAUAAAAAGGAAGAAGCUACCAACGUUGGCUUGGCAAAGGAUCCAAACAAUCAUGUGGCAAAUUCUUUCAUGAAGAAAUCAGCUGUUGAUUCUAAAGACUUCAGAAAUCAUCCCCAACCUAAUGGUUUUAGCAUGAAGACUGAACAAGAUUUAGCCUUGCCACUUCAAGAUUACCAGUUGCAACGUGCUGAACUGGGAUCCUCAGAUGUUCUUGAGUCAGAGCUGGUAGCAAAUCCUCCAACAUUAGAUGAGGAAGAGCAAUAUAUAGAGAGUGAUGAGGAGCUUCCUUCUUAUUCUGACGUAGAGGCAAUGUUACUUGAUAUGGACCUGGAUCCUGAUGAUCACCAGGAUUCGUAUUAUAAUGAGGAAGUAUCAAGAUAUCAACAUGUGGAAAGUAAGCGAGCUAUCAUGAGGCUGGAACUAGGUGCCCAUUCUUGUAUUCAAAGAGCCAUUGAUUCACAUGGAGCAUUUGCCAUUUUGUACAGUCGCCACUCAAAGCAUUAUAUUAAGAAACCUGAGGUUUUACUUGGACGAGCAACAGAAGGUGUUCCUGUAGACAUUGAUUUGGGCAAAGGAGGGCAUGGCAAUGCAAUAUCUCGACGUCAGGCAAUUAUAAAGAUGGAUAAAGAUGGUUCAUUCUACAUCAAAAACCUUGGCAAGAGUCCAAUCCUGGUAAAUAACAAAGAAGUGCACACUGGUCAGUCUCAAAGACUGCAUUCUGAUUGUCUGAUUGAGGUGAGAGGCAUGCCAUUGAUAUUUGAGAUAAAUCAAAGUCGUGUGAAGCAGUACGUGGAUCACAUUUCUGACAAUUCACAGAACUUUUAGUGUCGAUUUGUAAAUGAAGCAAGGAGUCCAGUAACACAGAAGGUGCUUAUUUUUACUGCAUUUUCUGAGUUUUGGUAAAUGUAAGCAGUGACCCUAUUGUUGUAUGUCAUUGCAUUUAUUGGUGAACUUAUGUUUCCUGAAUGGAUUUCUUUGACUCUGCACUUUCUUCCCAUAUUCUUUUGCCCGCAAAAGUAAGAUAAUUCAACCCAAAA